AGCAGCGUGACCGCCUGUCCCUCCGGUGGCCCCGGGCGUGGGCGUCCCCCAGCGGAGGGGAGCAUGCAGGGGCGCCGGCGUCGCUGCCCGGGCGGCGUGUGCGGGUCCGCGGCCGCUCGCCGCCUUUCAGCCGGGAAACCCUGACCCGACCGAGGGUCCGCCCGGUGCCCGAGCCCUGGGGCUCCCCGCAUGAUGGGGUGACGGACGCAGGAGGAGCCGGGGAAAGCCCCGAGAGACGUGGGAAGCGUGGGAUUCCAGACCUUUGAAUUUUCGGUCCAAAAAUAUUUAAAACAUUGUUGGGGACAGAUAAAGGAGUGCCAGAUUUUUAAAGAGUGCCGACUUCAGCGUGCAGGUGGCACAUAGUGAGAAUGGAAACACCAGGAUUGAACAGAUUGUGAGAACAGUAAGUGUGACCCAGAGAAGAACAUCUUUCAAGAAAUAGUCACUAGAGUCACAAUGGAGGUUUCCCCAGCAAGCAAGCUUGGUGAGACCUUUGUGUUUGAGGAUGGGUUAGAGAUGCAGCAAGAACUUUUCCCAGAGGAGGACCUGGGUGACCCUUUUCUUCAGGAAAGGGGUCUAGAGCAAAUGGCUGUUAUCUAUAAGGAGAUCCCUCUUGGGGAGCAAGACGAGGAACAUGAUGAUUAUGAGGGGAAUUUUAGUCUGUGCUCAAGCCCUGUUCAGCAUCAGAGUAUCCUGCCAGUAAACAGGCCCCAGGAUGACGAAAUAUUUGGCCAAACCUUCCUCCAGAAAUCAGACCUUAGUAUAUGUCAGAUAAUCCACGAUGGAGAAGAACCCACAAUGGAGAAGAACUCACAUGAUUGUGAGAAAGCAGGCAGGGGGGACUUGGGACCUCACAAACUUCACAGAACUGCACAACCAGCAAAGCCCUAUGCGUGUCGGGAAUGUGGGAAGGCCUUCAGCCAGAGCUCACACCUCCUCCGACACCUGGUGAUCCACACGGGGGAGAAGCCCUACGAGUGCUGUGAGUGUGGGAAGGCCUUCAGCCAGAGCUCGCACCUUCUCAGACAUCAGAUCAUCCACACCGGGGAGAAGCCCUACGAAUGCCGGGAAUGCGGAAAAGCCUUUCGCCAGAGCUCAGCCCUCUCGCAACAUCAGAAAACCCACACUGGGAAGAGACCCUAUGAGUGUGGGGAAUGUGGGAAGGAUUUCAGUCGGAGCUCAAGUCUCAGAAAACACGAGAGAAUUCAUACCGGAGAGAAACCUUAUCAGUGUAAGGAAUGUGGGAAAUCCUUCAACCAGAGUUCAGGCCUGAGCCAGCAUCGGAAAAUCCACACCCUGAAGAAACCUCAUGAAUGUGAUCUCUGUGGUAAAGCCUUUUGUCACAGGUCUCACCUUAUUCGGCACCAGAGGAUUCACACUGGGAAGAAACCUUACAAAUGUGAAGAGUGUGGGAAGGCCUUCAGCCAGAGCUCCAACCUCAUUGAACAUCGUAAGACCCACACUGGCGAGAAACCCUACAAAUGCCAUAAGUGUGGGAAAGCCUUCAGCCAGAGCUCGUCCCUCAUCGAGCACCAGCGGAUCCACACGGGGGAGAAGCCCUAUGAGUGUGGCCAGUGUGGGAAGGCAUUCUGCCACAGCUCUGCCCUGAUCCAGCAUCAGAGAAUCCACACAGGGAAGAAACCCUAUGCAUGCAAUGAGUGUGGCAAAGCCUUCCGGCACAGGUCGGCCCUUAUUGAGCAUUAUAAAACCCACACCAGAGAGAAACCCUACGAGUGCAACAGAUGUGGCAAGUCUUUCAGGGGCAGCUCGCACCUCAUUCGGCAUCAGAAAAUCCACACUGCUGAGAAGUUCUAGAAGGAGAGGCUCACUCGGAGCCGAAAGACUGUCCCAGAUGGAGCCCACACCCAGUCGCUGUGUCCGUAAGUCCCUGCCCACCUCCCUGAUGACAGUGCUGAAUGGAAACGCACCCACCCAGGCACUCCUGCACACCCACACGAGCAGCCGGGUCCCCGUGGUCCCUGGCUGGCGCCCUGCACUCAGCAGGUUUAUUGGGGGGACAGGAAGGCCACCGGCAUGGGGCGCGCCCAGAGAGAAUCGGCCAUCAGCCGUCUCAUUCUCACAUUGGACUCCCAAGCCUGUGAGAUUGAGUUUUGCCCUCUUUUGCCAGAAUCCAGAAGAAUAAACGUCAGAGAGAGAGAGUUGAGUUAAACCACAAAACUGGCAGAUGAACUCUUUACCAUCAGUCUGCAGUCUGGCACUUUUAGGAGACAGACUGUGCUCACAAGUCCAAAUCAGCUGAAGAAAAAUGAAUCCAAACGUAGAUACAUCAGCAGCAAAAUGGAAUCUUCCACCCAGCUUGGGCAUUGAUGGGGACAGCCAAAACGGGUUACAGAGCAAAGGGAGGGUCUGGAAGGAUUAGUUUUGCUGUGAAGAGUGAGGGUGUGAGCCCCCGGUGUGGCCUCUUGAUCCUCGUUCCGGGUUAGAGUGAGGGCGGUCUCUGGCUCAUGGCUCUUUCACAGGGGAGUAGAGGGCUGGUCCUGUAGGCCAGAGGAUGGUGACGCCCGGCUCGGACUCAGCAGGCACUAGACAUUAGUGCCCUCCAGGACUAAUCCCUCCACAGACCCAGGGCCCCCGAGACCAUGGCCUGUUUCUGGUCUGCUGGCUGUGCAGCCCCCUCUCCGCCCUCCAGUGCUGGGGGAUGUAGGAAGCAGGUGAUUCAGUCAGAGGGCCGGGUUCAUGUCCUACUCCUGCUCCUCCUACCUGCGUGACCUUGAGGAAGCCCCAAGGCUCCGUUUCCCCAUCUGUGAAGGGGGCAUAGCGGGACCUGGCCACAUACCUCUAAGGGUUGGUGCAGGGCUCCCGCUGAGAAGGAGACCACACAGACAAGUGCUUUGUGCAACUGGCGAUGGAGGAUGGAGACCCAGAGUGAGCCCUGCUUUCCCCACAGACCGAGAGGCAUCUCUGUCUGGUUCCCAAAAUGGCAGGGCACCCUGGGCUGUGGGUGCUUGUGAUGUGGUUUCCCGGAGGCCAUCCAGAGCCUCCCCACGGCCUCAGUGAAGUCCUUGUCCUCGUAUUUCUCUGUCCUCCCCGCUGUCAACUGGUGUUCACCCAGGGGUCGUUUAAAAAGUAACAAGCCUGUGUCCCGCCUGGACCGAUUCAGUCAGCAUCUCCAGAGGAGGGCUCAGACAGUGGUGUGUUUUUAAAGCUGCACAGGUGAUUGUAAUGUUCUAACGUGGGCCAGGCUAUGAGCCCUGUGCUGGGCUCGCAUGCACCCCCGACAUCUCCCAGAUGUCAGGCCUGCUCACCCUGACUGAGCGAGCCUGAAGGCUGUUCUGUCUCAGUCCCCUGACCCCAUCCCCAGGAAUGGGUUCAGGCAGUGAUGUGUCUGGCCGACGGACAGCUGUUUGUCCCAGGCCCUCAGGCCUUCGUGCUGCCCAGGGGUCUCUAGUACUGGCUUUCUCUCCCCCGGGCCCCCCAGAGCUAGUGCGGGGAGGAGGCAGACUGAGCGAGUUCGAAGUUUUCCAAAAGUUGAUGGCUGGAAUCGCACGAACCCACCGUGGUAGCACUGGUUAUUUCAGCUAAUCAGAAGCUCAGCUGGGCAGUUAUUUGUAGUUUUGAUGAAUAAAAAUGGGAAAGCCAUAAUCAUUACUUAACAAGUAGGCCUUGGUAGGCCAGAGAUUUUAAAAUGAUAGGUCCGAUGGGCUGGGAGAUCACAGUGGGAGUCCUGGAGGUGAGAGCACCCCUCUAUCCAGCUCUUCUUUGCUGUGUGAGUAUGUGAAAUAUUUAGCCAGCGCCCCAGGGUCCCCCAGAACCUGCUGGACUGGCCUGACCCGGUGGUGCCCCGGCGUUGUCUGCAGGCAGCCUUCAGUCAUUUACCAGGAGGAGAGAAUGCUGAGACCCUUGCACAUGGGACAGCAGGCCCCCCAGCCAAGAUCUACCUCCUUGGCACCCCCCCCCAUUCCACCUCUGCCCUGGCCAGGCCUGUCCUUAUCGGGCAGUCGUCUCUUUCCUCCCUUUGAUGUCUCCCUCCGAAUACUUCGGCACACCCCAGCCAAACUGAUUUUUUAAAGCAUCAUUUUGCACAUGUCACCACUCUCCUUAAAACCAACCUUCAGGGGCUUUUCUGCACUUAAACCCCCAUUUCAGCCCAUCUGGUUUAACCCUCUGAGCAAGCCACAUGGCGUUCAUGCCACCCUCUGCCCAGAUGCCCUCUCCACUCGCUCCCAGCUUCUCUCAACUCAUUUUAUGCUGUUCUCACGUUUUGAAAUAUGCACUUUCUUUCUCCUCCGCCUCCUCUACCCCCCAACUCCUUUCUUCCUUUUGACAAUUGAUGUCACAUGGGGAUUAAGAUCCCCUUUCUGAAGGGUGGACAGUCUCACAUAGCCAUGGUAAGACCAGGUACGGUUCUCUCUCGGAAGUGGGAGCAGAACCUGGUUCCUUCUGUUCCACUUCUUCAGUGUUUACUAUGUACUUGUAAGUGCUUUCGUUUUAUUUAGGGUCUCAAACAGUGUAACAUUAUAAGAGAUCGUCCUAGUAACAUUCUAAUUGUCCUUGAAUUUAGUUGUUGGCUGUUUGUUUUGUUUUGUUGUCUUACAUUUUUUUCCUUGUGGUAGAUGUUGAGUGUCAUAAAGCUCCAAGUCUUGAUUUUGUUUACUAAUUGAAUUGCUUUGUCAAAGUAUGUGUAUUCUGCUCUUUUCUUUCUUUUUUUUUUUUUGGCUUAAUACUUUACAUUUCUAAGAUUAAUUAUUUAGAUAUAAUCAUAUUUUUAAUAUUUCUAGUAAAUGUAGAUACUUUGGUCUAUGAUUUUUUCUUAGAGCGUUUUCUGCACUCUGUAAGUUUGACGUGGUAUUUUUUAUUAUUGUAUUAAGAAUUUCCUUUUGGCUCAAGUGUUAUUAGUAUUAUUAUUUUUAUAUUUCCAAGUGGUGAAUGCUUAGGCCGUUGUUGUUGUUACUUAUUGUACAUGGUGUCAGCAUUUCUAAGUGUCCACAGAACUUCUCUGGGCCUGAAUAUAUUACCACUUUUUAUAAAGCAUUUGUGUUCUCUCAAGAAAUGUGUUUUUACUCUAUCAGUUCUAUUUGUUAACUUAGUUUUUGAAUUAAUUUAUCCAAAUCCAUACUUGAUCUAACUUUUGUUUACUUCAGAGCUCUUCACCUGGGUCCAUGGACUGCUUAGAGUCCUGUACGUGCAGGGGUUUGGAGGCUGCGGCCUCCUAGGGAGUGAACGCAGUUGUGUGGGUAUGUGCAUAGAUGUUCUGGGAGGGGUCUAGGGCAUUCACCACAUUUUGGAAGGGCUCUGUGACCCCAAAAUAGUUAAGAACCGUUUACUUGAUCUAAUUGUAGUCUGAUUUUGGGUGUUUUUUUCUUUGCAUAUUUCUAUUUCACUUUAAUUUCUGUUUCUCUUUUAUGUAUGUUGUUGCUAAGUUAGUCAUGCAGUUAUCUCAAAUCCUUUUUGAGAAGAAGGCAGGGUAUAAAUUAUUAAAAGUAGGGACCAUGAUAUGUGGGGCAUAUAUAUUUAAUAGUGAUAUAGUGAAAACUGUGCCUUUUAGUGCCCUCUUUGCCUCUUUUAAUGCUUCUAGCUUAAACUUCUCUUUUCCAAAAAUCAUAAUAGAAACCCCUGGCUUUUUUUGCAUUUGCAUUUGCAUGAGAGUUUAUGUAGCUCAGCGUUUUAUUUUUUAAAUUUGUGUAUAUAUUUUGCUAUAUGUCUGUAACUUA